AUGCGCUUCUCCCGCGUUGCCCUCGCCGCGGCCGUCACGGCCGUCCACGCCGAGCGCCCCGACGACGUGUCCAUCUGCGACUACUACACCAAGGCCCUGCUCAACGAGAACACGCCCCAGAACCAGGCCACGCUCCUGACUGUGCUGGUCAACACUGUUGUCAUCGGCAACUACACUCUCCCCAAUGUCGGUGUCCAAGUCCCGGGCAUCCUGACCGCCGGCCAAGUCGACGGCGUUCACGUCGACCUGCUGCCGUACUUUGACGGCCGCUUGAAGUCCACCAACACCGGCAGCGGUCGAGGCGAGUCUGUGUCCUUCCUCGACGGUGGAGGCGCAGACCCCCUGCGAAGGAACCUGCCGGCCAACAACAAAAAUUCCAGACAAUACUUCCUCCUCCACCACCUGUACACCUUCUUCGGCUCCCUCCUGAGAUGCAGCAUGCAGGGAGGGCCCGGCUUCAACCUUUACAACGGCCAUGCUUCGAUGUACCAAGUCCACAAAUACAUGGGCCUGAACCAUGCCGAGGUCUCGUACUUCAUCCAGCAAGUCGGCCUGGCCGCGGCCUCGUUCGGGGUGGCGAGAAACGACAUUGACACCAUCGCCAACGCGCUCAACACCAUCUUCAACGUCCGCUGCGCGCCGCCCGUCGACGUCAUCCACACCCAGGGCCCCCAGCUGCAGUCCAUCUGCGUCGAUGCCGAGUCCUGCAAGCUGGCCCCCGGCGCGCGCUGCGAGCAGUACGAGAACCUGCCGCGGCCGGACAAGUCGGACUCGUGGACGCCCGGCUUCAACGGCACUUCGGCGUCGUAUGGCCCCGGCGCCACCGGAUCCUGGGGCUCCGGGAACCCGGCCGGCGGCUUCUCCAGUCCCCCGCCCAACAGCUUCAUCCCUUUCGAGACGACCCUGCCCAACCCUACGGUGAGGGGUUCCGCCGCCGGAGUCACCGUCAAUCUCGUUGCGGCAGCGGCUGCCCUGGCCGCCUUCUUGCUAUAG